AUGUAUCAUGUUAAUCGAUUACUGACUUCCUUUUUCUUUCUCUACAAUAUAUUCCUUCCUUUAUUUUUUAUCGUAUCAAUUUCGUUCGUUCUUUCUCCCGCCCUGUCGUUCGUUCGUUCGUUCGUUCUUUCUCCCGCCCUGUCGUUCGUUCGUUCGUUCGUUCUUUCUCCCGCCCUGUCGUUCGUUCGUUCGUUCGUUCUUUCUCCCGCCCGGUCGUUCGUUCUUUGUUCCGCCCUGUCGUUCGUUCGUUGUUCCGCCCUGUCGUUCGUUCGUUGUUCCGCCCUGUCGUUCGUUCGUUGUUCCGGCCUGUCGUUCGUUCGUUGUUCCGCCCUGUCGUUCGUUCUUUCUUUCUUUCUUCCUUCCGCCCUGACGUUCGUUCGUUCUUUCUUCCUUCCGCCCUGUCGUUCGUUCGUUCUUUUUUUGUUCCGACCUGAAGUUCGUUCGUUCGUUCUUUCUUUCUUCCUUCCGCCCUGA